AUGGGUAUGUUAGGCUAUAGACCUGUUGAAACAUCUAUUGAGGUUAAGAAACCAAAGAAGAAGCUUAAGGUAAAUGAGGAAGGUGAAGAAGAGAAGGAGGAAGUCAAAGAAAAGGAAGAAGCAGCUGACAAAGAAAGAUAUCAGAAGCUCGUUAGAAAAUUGAUAUAUCUCUCUUAUACGAGGCCAAAUAUAGCCUUCAUUGUCAGUGUAGCCAGUCAAUAUAUGACUUUUCCAAUGAAGAGUCAUAUGGAGGCAGUGUACAAGAUCUUGAGAUAUUUAAAAGGUACUCCUGGUAGAGUGACAUGGAGAAGCCAGAAGCAAAGAGUUGUUUCCAGAAGCAGUGCUGAAUUUGAAUUGAGAGCUUUGGCUUAA